CUCACUUUUCUGACGUCCCGCCAUUGGCGUUUAUUCUUCUUUUCACGUUUUUCCGAGUUUCCUGAAGAAAGAGUGUUUGUGUUGGUCUGAAAAUCAUGGACCAGGAAGUAAAGAAUCACCUGGCAAUGGAUGUUUUGGUGAAUAACGAGAAGGUCAAUGUGAUUCAGUUGUCUGGGAAGCUCAAUCUUCCUUUGCAAAAGUGCUCCUUGAAGCUGGAAGAUUGGCUCAAGAGUUGCCCCGCUAAUGAGUUGGAGAAAAUAUCUCGGGAAUUUUUGAUAAAAGGGAUAGAUGCCAGAGGGAAUGACUUUAUACGAAUUGUAACUGAGGAAACAUACAAGAAAUUGGACAAGGAAGGUACCAGCAGCUUCCUCUUCAGUGUUGAGAAGAAUCGGCAUGAUGCCCUCUCGAAAAACUCCUACCAAUUGGGGAAUUCAAGUUUCAAGAGGAUCAAAUUGACUCCUCAGCCGAGAGAUAUCAAAAUUGUGCCAUUUGCCGUUCCGGAAGCUGUGAAGAAGGAACCUGUAAAGGAAGUGCCGACUAAGAAAGAAGAUUCUAAACAGAGGGAGACUAUUGUAUCGAAAUUUUUCAGUGAAAAGCCAAAAGAAAAGCCCAAGGAGGAAAAACCAAAAGACACGAGUCUUCCGGAAGUGAAAAAGGAAGUUAAAACGGAAAGUGGAAGUUUGGGAAAGACAUCUCCUAAAAAAUCCCCAAAAGCUGCUGAGAAGAAGGCAGAGGGAAAAUUCAAGGGAAAAGCAGCUCCAGCUGGAAGUCGAAUGAUUACAUCAUUCUUCACAAAAGCUCCAAAAUCUGCAGCUCCUCCUGCGUCUGUUCCUAGCGUUCCCAAGACAGAACAGGCCCCUGAGAAGAUUGCAGAGCCAACACGAAAGCGUCCGCUGUCGGAAGAAAAAUCCCCAGUGCCAGAGAAAAAAGCCGAACCGAAGAAAGUCCAGAAGAAAAUGAAGAUGUCGAAGAAGCCCAAAAUCAAGGCUGGAACUUCGAGAAUUCUUCAGGUUGUCGAUGAAGAUUCCAGCGACAGUGACGUGGAGAGGUGCGAGGUGGAAGAAGAAGAUGCAUCGAAGCCGGAUGUGGUGCUGGAAAAUGAGGAAGUUCGUGAGAAAACUCCUCCAAGGCCGUACAAAGAGAAGAAGAAGAAAAUCAUCACGGAAUGCUACAGAGAUGAGGAUGGUUACGACAAUUUCACCCUCAAGGAAGUCGAUUGCAGUUCAGAGGAGGAGGCCUCAUAGAUUUUUGUUUUGAAAAUAAAUAAAUUUUUGAAAAUUGAA